UAUUAUUGGCAUUGGGUCUGUAAGGUAAAAGAGAAAAUCAAAUAAGAAAAAAAGUUUGUUUGCAUGAUGACUGCUGCUGUGAUGGUACACAUUAAGAGUCAAAGCAUCAGCCUCAAAUAUCUUAUUUCAAGUCACUGGCUUAUGCUAUUGCUAAUGACUAUCAGGAUGAUGAAGGUAAUAAUGCUUUCCAUAUAGCUGCUGAUCAAGCAAAGAUGAUACGUGAAAAUCUUGAAUGGCUUAUUUUCAUGCUGAGAAAUCCUGAUGCUGCUGUUGAUGUAAGAAAUCACAGUGGUAAGACAUUGCGUGACUUUUUGGAGGCCCUUCCUCGGGAAUGGAUUUCUGAAGACCUGAUGGAGACGCUAACAAACAGGGGGGUUCAUCUGUCUCCUACAAUAUUUGAAGUUGGAGACUGGGUCAAGUACAAAAGAAGAAUCACGACCCCCACACAUGGAUGGCAAGGUGCAGAACAUAAGAGUGUUGGCUUUGUGCAAACUGUUGUGGAUAGGGACAAUCUCAUUGUGUCAUUUUGUUCUGGAGAGGCCCACGUAUUGGCAAAUGAAGUUGUAAAAGUGAUCCCACUUGAUAGAGGGCAGCAUGUUAAGCUUAAAGCAGAUGUCAAAGAGCCAAGAUUUGGUUGGCGUGGUCAAUCACGAGAGAGCAUUGGGACCGUCUUAUGUGUUGAUGAGGAUGGGAUUUUGCGGGUUGGGUUUCCUGGUGCAUCCAGAGGAUGGAAAGCUGAUCCUGCUGAAAUGGAAAGGGUUGAAGAGUUCAAGGUUGGGGACUGGGUUCGUAUUCGCCCAACUCUUACAACAGCAAAGCAUGGAUUAGGAUUGGUUACACCAGGGAGCAUUGGUAUAGUUUAUUGUAUAAGACCAGAUAGUAGUUUACUGUUGGAGUUAAGCUAUCUUCCAAAUCCUUGGCAUUGUGAACCAGAGGAGGUUGAGCCUGUUACUCCUUUUAGGAUUGGCGAUCGGGUUUGUGUGAAACGAUCUGUUGCAGAACCUCGGUAUGCUUGGGGUGGUGAGACGCAUCAUAGUGUCGGAAGAAUUAGUGACAUAGAGAGUGAUGGGCUUCUUAUGAUUGAAAUACCAAAUCGACCAAUACCAUGGCAGGCUGAUCCUUCAGAUAUGGAAAAGGUUGAAGAUUUCAAGGUUGGGGAUUGGGUUAGAGUGAAAGCUUCUGUAUCCUCUCCAAAAUAUGGAUGGGAGGACGUUACGAGGAACAGUGUUGGGGUAGUUCAUAGCUUGGAGGAGGAUGGUGAUAUGGGUGUUGCUUUCUGCUUCAGAAGCAAGCCUUUUUCUUGCUCUGUGACCGAUGUGGAGAAGGUUCCUCCUUUUGAAGUGGGGCAGGAAGUUCAUGUGAUGCCCUCUGUCACUCAGCCAAGGCUCGGAUGGUCAAAUGAAACUCCAGGAACUGUUGGAAAAAUUGUGAGAGUUGACAUGGAUGGAGCUUUGAAUGUAAGAGUAACUGGUAGACAGAGUUUGUGGAAAGUUUCCCCUGGAGAUGCAGAACGGCUUUCAGGAUUUGAAGUUGGUGAUUGGGUGCGUUCAAAACCAAGCCUCGGUGCUAGACCUAGUUAUGACUGGAACAGUAUUGGGAAAGAGAGUUUAGCAGUUGUUCAUAGUGUUCAGGAGACUGGUUAUUUGGAAUUGGCUUGCUGCUUCCGAAAAGGGAGAUGGAUUACUCACUACUCAGAUGUUGAAAAGGUUCCCUGCUUCAAAGUUGGGCAGCAUGUUAGGUUUCGGGAUGGGUUGGUUGAGCCAAGAUGGGGAUGGAGAGGGGCCAAGCCUGAUUCACGAGGGAUUAUAACCAGUGUUCAUGCCAAUGGAGAAGUGAGAAUUGCUUUCUUUGGUUUGCCAGGUUUGUGGAGAGGGGAUCCUGCAGAUCUUGAAAUAGAAGAAAUGUUUGAAGUGGGAGAGUGGGUGAGAUUGAAAGAAAAUGUCAGUAGCUGGAAAUCCAUUGGACCUGGUUGUGUUGGUGUCGUACAGGGAAAUGGGUGUGAAGGAGAUGAAUGGGAUGGAAGCUCCUUUGUCGCAUUUUGUGGGGAGCAGGAAAAAUGGGUGGGGCCUACAUCCCAUCUUGUAAGAGCAAACAGACUUAUGGUAGGACAGAAGGUCAGGGUAAAACUAUCUGUGAAGCAGCCAAGAUUCGGGUGGUCAGGUCACAGCCAUGGAAGCCUUGGCACAAUAGCAGCAAUUGAUGCUGAUGGAAAGUUGAGAAUAUACACUCCAGCAGGCUCUAAAACUUGGAUGCUUGACCCAUCAGAAGUGGAGGUGGUUGAGGAAGAGGAACUCUGCAUUGGAGACUGGGUGAGGGUAAAGUCAUCAAUUACAACCCCAAGCCAUCACUGGGGAGAGGUGACUCAUUCAAGUAUUGGAGUGAUUCACCGGAUGGAAGAUGGAGACGUAUGGGUGGCAUUCUGCUUCGUGGAGAGGCUAUGGCUCUGUAAAGGUCGGGAGCUCGAACGAAUUAGACCAUUCAAAAUAGGGGACAAAGUGAAGAUUCGAGAAGGGCUGGUGACGCCAAGGUGGGGCUGGGGAAUGGAGACUCAUGCAAGCAAAGGACAGGUAGUUGGCGUAGAUGCCAAUGGAAGGUUGCGAAUUAAAUUUCAAUGGAGGGAAGGGAGACCCUGGCUUGGAGAUCCUGCUGAUGUUGCUCUUGACGAAAGCCCACCAACUAGAAAAAGCGCUUGAACAAAAUACCUUCUUCCAUUCAGUUUUCAUGUUCCAUUUUCAGUUCAUUCCUAAAGUUUUCAACUUUAGGGUUGGGAAGAAAGGCUAAGCUCUACUGCAUUCUGCAGCAGUGAGCAAACGUCGAUUCAGGAUUAGUUGCUGUUAAUAAACAAGGGUACAGAGAGCAUGGAAAGAAAUAGACAUAGGAAAAUACAAGAGCAGCAGAAGCAGCAUCCGCCAUGGAGGAAAUAUGUAGCCACCUAUUAUAUAUAUAUAUAUAUAUAUAUAUGCAUAGGCAGGCCAUUUGUAUCUCAUAGUAGAUGUUUCUAGUUGAGGUAUGUACAUCAUGUUAUUUUCUUGAAAUUUCUCCCGAGUUUUUAUUUAUUUUAAGUGCUCAAAGUAUUCCCUUCCCUGUACGAACCAACAAUUCUGUCAUUCUCAAAUGAACUGCAGCCAUUACC